AUGAUAAACAGUAUAAAGAGUGGACAGCCGACAGCGUCACAUCACAUCAUGGUGCAAACUUUGUGUGGUUUAGUUCUCGCCCUUGUAGCACUCUCAUUUGUAGAAGGUAUGGGCAAUGCUGAGACGAGACCAGCCCAACAGUCAGGGGUAGGUGGAGCUGAAGGGGCUGGCGGGCUGAUGAUACCAAUGUCAGGAUCAGUUGUCCAGCCAACAGCUGCCAGUCGACCCGCUCAGUUACCUCAGACCCAACCAUAUGAUGUUUUCGACUGGUUGUUCAAUGACUACAAUUACAACGACAACAUCGAUACUAACGCCGCAGCCAGCAAUGGUAUGGUCAACAACAACAACAACAACAACAACAACAACAAUGCUGUCAACAACAUGCUGAUGGCCAUGAUGAUGGGGUUUGAUUUCGGAUUUUGA